CUGUUUAUCCAGUCUAAAGCUUUCUGUCUGCUGCUGAUAGAGCUGCGACACCGUCCGGCAGACGUGUCACGGUUCCACUUUCCUGAGAUUCAAAACCAAAAUCAGCAAACUGAGACUAAAAUCAGGGAAUAAUCAGAGUCAUGAAAUAUUCAUGAAAGAGAGAAAAUAAUGAUGAGCAGUGAAAUUAGACGAGGAAAGCGGGUCUUAGCCACGAGCUGAAGGAAGCUAAAAGUCACAAAAUCGUUGUUUGAUAGUUACAGGCAGCCUGGCAGCGAGCUCCCACGUUUCUUAUCUCAGUGAAACGGAGUCACUGUAAACGGGUGCUUCUUUUUCUUCUACCAGGACCUCUGACAGAACGGAGACCUUCAGGCUAUCCUCCUGACAGCAUCACCUCCAACCACCACGACGCUUCUGCUGAGCUUUAACGUCACUCCCAUCAUCUGCUGGAGAUUCCCCAUCGAACCUCAGAAUGCAGAGCGUCGGGCUUCAGCGCCGCCUCCUCGUCUCUGUCUGCCUCUUCCUCCGCCUUCUGACCUCAGCUGAGUCGCAGCAGGUGGAGCAGCUAGUGGAGGAGGUGCAGAAUGUCCCAGUGGAGGUCAUCACUGAGAGCUCCCCCUGCAGCGCCACCUGUGGGCUGGGCCUCCGGACUCAGACUCUGUGCCUCCUAAAUGACAGCAGGGCAGCGAUGGAGGAGAAGCUGCCGAGCGGCGGUGAAGCAGAGGUGACGGAGAAGUGCCGCGUCCGGGCGGUGCAGUGCAUGGACACGUGGCAGUGCGGACUCCAAACCAUGACAGUCACAUCCGGACAGAGGGUGGAGGUUGACUGUGUGGGAGACGUGAUGGAGGCCACGGGGAGGUUCUCCUGGAGGGUGUCGUGGCGUUACGCCCGAGGGAUCAUCAGCACUGACGACGCUCUGCUCGCCCGCUGGGACGCUCCUGAGCUGGACCGAGUGGUUCUGGACCCCGUCAGAGAGGAGGAUGCAGGGACGUACCGCUGUGACGUGCAGGACGCCGCCUACCGCAGGGUCAAACGGGCUUACUGGGGCAUCCGGGUUCUGCCCGUCGGCGUCCUCAGCCUGGACUACGACAGCUCGCUGGCCCUUUGGGAUGAAGGCGAGAAGAACCAGACCGAAGAGGAGGAGGAGCAGAGGAAGAUCUUUCCCUUUGCUCUCCUUGCGAUGGGCGUCAGCGUAGCGGUCGCUGGCGUCUUCGCUGCUCUGCUGAGAGGCUACGAGGCGAUGAAGAGGAUAAGGAGGAGGAGAAGAGGGAUUUAAAGGUGUCUGGUUCCUUCUGAAUCUGCCAACCUGCUUCAAAUAAUUGAAAAUCGUUUUUCAGGAGUUUGUUAUUAAAAUGAAUGACAAAUAAAA